AGUGUGUCGCUGCAGCCGACUGAGAGAGAGGCAGCAGAACUGGGAGGGGAAACGACCAGAAGGCAGCUACAGGCGACAGCGACAACUUUAAAGACUUUGAGGGUCUCGUGCAUCAGCAGGUGAAGAUGAGCGACGCGAAUCAGCCCAAAGUUGAACUUUUCGUGAAGGCAGGGAGCGAUGGCCAGAGCAUCGGCAACUGUCCAUUCUCCCAGCGUCUCUUCAUGGUGCUGUGGCUGAAAGGAGUCACCUUCGACGUCACCACAGUGGACAUGAAGAGGAAGCCAGACAUUUUGAAGGAUCUGGCCCCGGGUGCCCAGCCUCCCUUCCUGUUGUACGGCAGCGAGGUGAAAACGGACACCAACAAGAUUGAGGAGUUCCUGGAGGAAAAUCUCUGCCCUCCGAAGUAUCCCCGUCUGGCCGCUCGUAACCCAGAGUCCAACACAGCUGGCAUGGAUGUUUUCUCUAAAUUCUCCGCCUACGUCAAGAAUUCAAACCCUCAGACCAAUGAAAAUCUAGAGAAAGGCCUGCUGAAGGCUCUGAAGAAGCUGGACGACUACCUCGGCUCUCCACUUCCUGAUGAGAUCGACGAGAAUAGCGCCGAUGAUGUCACUUCCUCGUCCCGCCCCUUCCUAGACGGCCAGGAGCUUACUCUGGCUGACUGUAACUUGCUGCCUAAGCUCCACAUCGUGAAGGUGGUGUGUUUAAAAUACCGAAACUUCAGCAUCCCUCAGUCUCUGACAAACCUCUGGAGGUACCUGAACGCAGCGUACGCAAGGGAGGAGUUUUCCUCCACCUGCCCAAUCGACAGCGAGAUCCACAUCGCCUACUCCUCUGUAGCUAAAGCUCUCAAGUAGGAGCACAGCAGGAUGCACAAGUCAUGAAAACACACAUUUACUCACCCGCACAUACACUCUGCAAGCAACUCGAUCGAUCUGUUUUUAAGAGGAUUUAAUUGCAUCUAUAUGGUCAUUUUUUGCAACUUUCUGAUCAGUUGUCAUUUGAUCAGAUCGAUGGAUGAAAGCUAUAUAUAUAUUCCUAAAGUGCUCCUAAUGAACGGUCCAGCUCCAAAAAUAGAAAAUCAGAACAUGGUGGCAGAUAUUUCAAUCGUGACGGCCCACCACAAAUAAAUGAAUGUGUGGGAAGCCCCGCACACACACCAAAAAAAGUCAGCCAUGGCUAAAUUUAUUUUUCCCGGAUGUUUGCCUCUGUAGAAAUGAUUGAUCAUGUUACUCGCAGACUCACACACACACACACACACACACACACACACACACACUGUACAUGUUCACACACUUAAAACUACAGCCUUGCUUGUGUACAGUUUCACCAUCAGUAGAUGCACACUGUAAAGUUGUUUUUUGUUCCCUUCUCGAUUAUGUUUUCUACAGUAUAUCUUUGUAUGUUUUUAUGGAGAAUUUAACAGAUUCAAAGCUGCCAACCAGAUCAAACUUUGACUAAUACCUUGCAAGCCUCACACAAGCUGAUAAAAUUCUUAUAUUCAGUCUUGGUAUUAAUGAAGUGGGUUUUUUAUAGGUGACAAACACGCAUACCAGCGCCAGCUCACCUGCCAAAGUGUCUUUUGCGGUUUGUAGUUACAGAUGCUUCACAUUGACUUUAAUAUUUUGUUACUGAGGGAGCAAGGCCUUUGACAGUUUAGGAGUGCAAAUAUUUUUUUAUAAACAGUUUCUUAUUCUACGCCUCAGAGAGGAAGUGGGGUGCUUUUCCUCAGGGCCUGCAGACCGGGUCUCGCUAUAAGGAGGCAGAGCUGAAAACAGUUACACUGACAGGAAACUGUUUCAAUAGACUCGGGCUUCCCCUUUCUGCGCUCCCACAGCAGGCGCAAAGGAUUAUUCAAGAUUACUGAGCUUGUUUGUGAUCCGCUGUCGGGGCCUUUUGCCAAGCUUUUAUUUUGUUUUGCCUGUCAUGUAUGAAGGAUCCUUUUUAGUGUCAAAUGACAGAUUGUAUUGAUACUGUGGAUGAAGAUGUAACUGCUAAAGUGCUGCACUGGAAGCACUUGUCCUGCAACUUCUGGUAGCUCGGGGCACAAGGCCUGUUCUGUCACAUGGGGAAGUUAAUGUAAACAUGCAGAAUCUUUAAAAAGAAAAUCGCACUUGCAGCUUUAGAUUGCCGUCCAUUAUUAAUUAAAGGAUAAGGCUUGCAAUAUUCAAUGUUUAUCUAUUUGUCAACAAAUCCCAUGAAAAUACCAACCCCCGAGGCACCCCUCAAACCUCCUGCUAGAACAUCUCUUUAGAUUUAUGCAUGCCCUCUCUAGCCCUGGGUGAAAGAGGGAGAGACAGGGAAGCACCAGUGGGGAGGAAACAGUAAACUGUCAGAGUCACAGGGCUUGUACACACUGUACAGUGCCAGUGCCAGAAAAGAAACAAAAGGUGUGAAAGUUUGUCAUAAAUUGGGAGAAACAGGGCAGAAUUGUUGCCCUGGGAAGAAACAGGGAGAGAGCAAUGCCUAAGCAAGGUUGAAUACGGCUUAUGGUCUCUGGAAGACAGCUGGUUAACCCACCGCAGCAGGGCAGGGUAAGCCGGGUGCCCCCAACCCAUGGGCCAACUCUCAAACCCCUGGUAGAGCACCCCAUCUGACUUAGGUGUAUGUAAUGCAGUCAGCAAGGAGACAAGAUGUCCAUCAGCAACUGUGCCUGACUCAUGACGGCCCCAUGGCCGACUAUCAAGUGUCAAUGGGGAGGGAACCGGCUGUAAUAAUUUAAAAAAAAAAAAAAGAGAGAGAGAGACAAAAAGGUGUAAAAAAAAAAUCAGAAAUUGGGAGACAUCUGGGAGAAUUUUGACCUUGGGAGAAAAACCGGCAGAGAAAAUAGUCUCCUGGAUAAAAUGGGACGGUUGGAGAGUAUGGUUCGAAAUUUCUUAUCCUCAGCAUCAAAUCCAUUCAGUCCUGCUGAAGAUGUAAAUCUUUAAAAAUGGGUCACAAAUAUAUAAUUUUAUUCUUUAAAAAAUGCAAAGUAGUUUCCCAACACUGUAGGGAACUGUAGUUUUUUUGCAAAAAUCACUCAAACUGGAGUAAAUAGUGCAUUUGUUUGGGACUAUUUUCAGACACGGAUUAAUACACAUCUGCUGUUACUGGCUCUUCAAUACAGCAGAAGGAUGGUGUUUUAGUUUUAGUCUUUUCAUGGGAUUUAUUGACAAUUUAAAAAUGUUUAACAUCACCAGAUUUAUCCUUAAAUUAAAAACCUUGUAUACUGAGUGAUUGCAGGCCGUCACCUUACUGCCACGUGUCGCCAGAAGAAUCAAUUCACUCUUGUUAAGUUUGUUAGUCUGAUAUAAUUCCUGUAAAAGUGACUUGAAAUUGAACCGCUGGGGAGAACUGGAACUAUUAACAACACGCCUUGUCCAACUGUAGCUGCGGCUUGUGUAGACGGCUUUAUUAACUUGACUGCAACUGUGCAAAUUUGUGAUUUAUUAAGGCUGUUUGUAAUUAAGACUUUGUUUUUACAGUAGGUUUGUUGAGAGUGUGUGUCAUGUCUCUCAGAUCAGGGUGAAGCUCUUACAAGGAAAAAAAAAACUAAGUGCAAUUUAAGCCGAUUGAAAAGACAAUCUCGUUCGUCCAGUGUGAGCACAGUUUUUCUACAUGAUUUCAAUCACACAAGUUAAAUCCUUCCAUGAGGUGUUGAUCACAGAGAUGAUACUGUAUGUUUUAUAUUGACUGAAUUGUUUCUAAAAAUGGACCAGCGUUUAAAGGGAUCGUGUCUGAAUAAUUUCAGCGCUCAUGUAUUUUAGUAUUUCGUGUGUUUUCACCUCUUACUGUCGGAUUUGAUUUCAGGGACCAUUUAACUUGAUAUAUUAAUUAAAAAUGUAACUUUGAUUAGUUUGAUUUUCACGUCACUGUUUUUAUUUUUUUGAUCAUGUAUUUUCUUUCUCAUGCCCCAUAUUGUGCUUUUGACUUUGUUUUCUACCCCUGUGCAUUCCUAUACACUUCUAGUCAAAAGUAGUUGCACUUAAGAGUCCACAGGAUCAGAACAAACAGCGGUGUGGACACUAAACCAGUAGAUUUAAAUAAGAAACAAUGAAGACAAUCAAACUAAUGGCACAACUGAAAUGUAUUUUGUACUUAAAAGCCCCUACAAAGACACAUUUAUUAAUAUGCCAAUAAAAGAAUAUCUUGAUAAUAAAUCA